AUGCAGAAGACUUUGGCGAUAGGAACAGCGUUCCUCGCUGGUUUCCUCACGUACAAAGUUUGGAAGAGCCUGGAAGCGAAUCGAGAGGAAGAGGAGAGGGAGAAAGAACGGUCGAGCGAAGCUGAGGUUAUGGGAAUGGACAGUUCACGAGGAGGUUGGGGAAGCAUCCAAAAAUGUGGCACAUCGAGGGUCGCAUCGGCGGGCAAUGCUAAGUUUGAGAGCUCGGUGGAGAGGUUGUGGGAGCAUGCGGGAGAUGCAACGAGGGCGUGGAGUGAGACGUUCGAGAGGGGGGUGAGGAGAGCAGUGGAGAUAUCUGAGAUGACGAGGAUAGAGCCGAGGGACGAUGAGCACGACGACGACGUUGAGUUUUUGGCUCCGUUUGACCAGGAGCAGCUCGCCAACGGAGUUUGGAAAGUAGAGGACGGGGAUUACUACACGAGCGCGGGGGGAAGAGAGGUCUCCAUGGAGGAGAUGAAAAGAAUCCUUCUCAAGGACAACAGGCCUGUGACGGAGUUUUGGAAGAACAGAUACGAGACAGAAGCGAGGAGAUGCUGGGAUGUUUUUUACAAGGUAAAUGAGAACAGAUUCUUCAAGGAUAGACAUUACCUCGACAAGGAAUGGAAUUGUUUGAGAGAUGCUAAGUUGAAAAUCAUCGAAGUCGGAUGUGGAGUUGGGAACACGAUCCUCCCCUUGUUGGAAGUGAAUCCGACAGCUCAAAUAUGGGGUUGCGAUUUCUCAGAGAAUGCGAUUAGCAUUCUUCAGACAUCGGAAGGCUACGACAAAUCGCGGUGUACAAGUUUUGUCAAUGACAUCACCAAAGAUGCUCUUUUGGAACAUGUGAGUCAAGUUCAAGUCCAUGUGACUUACGAGAGGUUGAUGGGGAGCAUGAUGGUGCGAGUGGUGGUUGUGGACGAGGGCGAGGAGGAUGAAGUGGAGGAUGGGGAGGAGAGGGGGGGAGACGAGGAGGAGGAGAAGGUAGAAGCUGCAAGCAUGGACCUCUGCCUAAUGAUCUUCGUGCUUUCAGCAAUCUCACCGGAGAAGAUGGUAAGGGGAGAGCAGGAGCAGAAGUGA